CAUUGGGCGGUCGCUUUGCCAAAAACCCAGAGCUGUUCUCCUCAAGCAGUGUGAAAAGAAAGGGGCAGAAGUCGAAGCCUAGGGCUGUAUAAACCUCUGGCGCCAUGUGGAACGUAUCGUGCCUGUUGUUUUGGGUGUUCGCGUGGGUCUGGGUACAAUCAGAAGCCCAGCAAAAGAAUUUCCCCUUCCGCUGCCUGCAGAUCUCUUCCUUCCCAAACAGUAGUAACUCAAGCACAGAUGGCUUGGCCUGGCUGGGGGAUCUGCAAACUCAUCGGUGGAGUAAGGCCUCGGACACCAUUGACUUCGUGAAGCCCUGGUCCCAGGGCAAAUUCAGUGACCAACAGUGGGAGCAAUUGCAGCGGAUAUUUCGAAUUUAUCGAUUAAGCUUUACCAGGGACGUACAGGAAUUUGUCAAAAUGAUGCCUAAUAUACACUAUCCUGUUGAGAUCCAGAUGUCUGCUGGGUGUGACGUGUACUCUGAGAAUGCUUCAGAAAGCUUUUUCUAUGUAGCAUUUCAAGGAGAAUAUAUCCUGAGUUUUCAGGGAACUUCCUUUCAGAAGGCCCCAGAUGCCCCACCUUGGACAGAGUUGGUUAUUAAAGUGCUCAAUGGUGAUCAAGGGACAACGGAAACAGCACAAUGGCUUCUGUAUGACAUCUGCCCCAAGUUUGUCCAUGGCCUCUUGGAGGCAGGGAAGGCAGAGCUAGAGAAACAAGGUGGCAGACAUUCACCCAUGGGUAUUAUUAUCGCAGCAGUACUAGUAGGACUAGUACUAAUAUGUGCUGGGUGUUAUGUGAUCUACACCAAGAAGCACCGCUCCUAUCGAGACAUCCCGUAGGUCUUCCUUAUGCCUGCCUUUCCUGAGACUCAGAC